CUCUUGCUUGCUGUUCACGUGACGGUGUUUUUUAUGUAACAAACGGGUGUCUAUGAGAAAGUCGGUUCACUAUUACUGUUAAGUACCCCGACAUCUAUAGUAAUGUAUGGACACGAUAACAGAAGAAACUCUAAAUCUACAUAACAUUUUCUUUCCUUUUUUGACGCUACAAUGUCGCUCCAACCGCAAGUGGAGGACGCGAAGGAGGAGAGAAGCGCCUUCUUCAUCAGCGCUGACUCGGACAACAUCUCGGAGGAUCACCAUCAACUUAUACUACAGAAAGCCAACGCUCUAGCAUCCGAAAACUGCCUCAAAGAAGCGAUUGACUGGUUUUCAGUGGCUAUGCAGUAUGGCCCUGUGCGACCUGAACAGUUAAGCACUUUCGUGGACUGUAUCCUCCGCAACUUCAAGAUGAAAGCGGCUGGGCCAGACGAACUUUCGGGCCGGAGUCGGGACGCAGGGGACAGCUCGGUGGACGAUGUGUUUGACUGUCCCAACUGUCAUAGUUUUUUAGGUGAACCUGUGACCAUAGCCUGUGGACAUUCGUAUUGUAAGAGGUGUUUACAACGACGGCUGCUCUCCAAAUGUAAACUGUGCAGUGAACCCGUAAUGGGUGAGGAGAAAGCGAAUGUAAUCCUGUGCGGACUUUUAGAUAAAUGGUUCCCCGGCGAGCUGAAAACGUCGAAAACACUAUGUGAAGUGGACGAGUUGUGUAGAAGAAAACGCUACCAAGAAGCUGUGUCGCUAGCAACCGAUGUUAUUCAGUGUGAUCCAGGGGCAACAGCGGUGGCACGACUGUCUCGAGCGGAGGCGUACAUGGCUCUCAAACAGUACCGUCUGGCUUUGGAGGACACAGAAUUUUGUCCUGGGUCCAGCUGUUCUGCUGAAGCUGUGUUUAGGAAAGCUAUGGUGCUGCAUGAGAUGGGCCAAGUGGACGAGUCUCUCCAAGUCUUCCUCCACUGCCUGGCAGUGGAUGAAGACUUCCCCUGUGCUAAAAGACAAGUGGAAAAGAUCCUGUGUGACCUGCUCUCCCCAGCCGAUGAGAACGUCAAGGUCGGCCUGCGGGAAACAACACAGAACACGUCACCUCACUUGCGCGGUAAAACCCUCGUGGCCAAUGCCCAAGCUCAGCCACAGAGCCCAGUCCAAAGACAACACCAGCACCAGGUCCGCGCCGCGUCGGUACACCACCAUCUGGACAACCAGGAGAAACGCUUGGAAAGCCUGGAGCGGCCUGGUCUGAGCCGAGCUCAUUCACUACGGAUGCAUGGCUCUAGUUACGGUGAGGAGGGGCUGAAGAGAGUUUGCUCUGCUCCUCAGCUGGGGGACCAGGACAAGGGGAGCCUCCUGAAGAGGAAGUUGUCAGUGUCAGACACAGAACCCUGUGUUGUGGACAGUGGAAGUAGCAAGCAUAAAAAACAAGGUGUGACGAAAGGCUCCAAACAGGCUGCCAAAGCUAAAACCUGCAGAAGUGUUCCUGUGGACCUGCUGGACCCCAAUGACUUGGAGUGCUCUCUCUGCAUGAGGUUGUUCUAUGAGCCUGUGACUACACCAUGUGGCCACACCUUCUGUAAAAACUGUCUGGAACGCUGCUUGGACCAUACACCCCAGUGUCCCCUCUGUAAAGAGAGCCUGAAAGAGUAUCUAGCAUGUAGGAAGUAUAUGGUGACAACUGUCUUGGACAUGCUGAUCAAACAGUACUUGAGUCAGGAGUAUGCAGAGAGGACUAAAACUCACCUAGAGGAGACCAGAGAGCUUUCAAAUCUGACAAAGAAUGUGCCUAUCUUUGUGUGUACCAUGGCUUACCCCACCGUGCCUUGCCCCCUACAUGUCUUCGAGCCACGUUACCGCCUCAUGAUUCGCCGCUGCAUGGACACGGGCACGCGGCAGUUUGGGAUGUGUAUUAGUGAUCCCCAGAAAGGGUUUGUAGAUUAUGGCUGCAUGCUGACCAUCAGGAGUGUCCAUUUCCUCCCUGACGGACGAUCAGUAGUGGACACCAUCGGAGGAAAGCGCUUCCGGGUCUUGUCCCGUGGAAUGAAGGAUGGUUACAGUACUGCUGACAUUGAGCACUUGGAGGAUACCAGGGUGGAGGACAGUGAUGAGCUAGAGAGACUACAAGAGCUGCAUGAUGCUGUGUAUGAACAGGCCCGCGUCUGGUUCCAGAACCUCAAGAUCCGCUUCCACAACCAGAUCCUGCAGCACUUUGGACCAAUGCCAGAACGAGAAGCUGACAUCCAGGCAACUCCUAAUGGUCCAGCUUGCUGCUGGUGGCUCCUGGCUGUUCUGCCUAUCGACCCACGGUACCAGCUCUCUGUCCUCUCCAUGACCAGCCUCAAAGAACGCCUGGUGAAGAUCCAGCACAUCCUCACAUAUCUGCAGAGCAUCCCCAACAACUAGAGCUUCCUCUUCUAGUCUCCACAAACAUCCUUUGGACUUUGAAAUAACAUUCAAGCAACCCUGAAUCAACAUCUCGCCAACUUUUGUUUCUGUUGCCAUCCGAUCCUUCAACUUUUAUUUUCACAGCUACAAGACCCCUCAUUUUGAAACAACCUUAAACUUUGGAUCACUGAAACCAGAGAUGUGGCCAAACCAUCUCAGGGAUACUUCCAGUGACACACAUUAUUUGUUUGUGUCUUUCAAAAAUUAUUUAAAAAAUAAGACAAAUACUAUUCUCAUCUGCUCCUGUUCUUAAUGCAGUUCAUUUUCAUAAGAACUUCCCUGAAUGAUCUUGUUGAAAUGAGAAGAGCAGUUACUAUUCCACUUUUUGUUGAUGCUGUUGAAGAGAACGACAGAGUAGUAUAUCUAAAAAUCACAUUUGAGUGUACCUUUUUUAAGGGUAGUAUUUAUGGAGCUGAGGUGAAGCGAGUAUUAUAGUUUGUGUUGUAUCAUCUCUGGAAGGAAGUUUUGUCUUCUGGCUUUAAGGUUUAUGUUAAUAUUGAGGAGGGGUGUGGUGAUUCUGUGGAACAAAAUCCUAAAUGCUGAAAGUCCAAAAAGUGAUAGCAAGAUGUGGUUUAGAGGAACCACUGAGAAGAGUAUUUGUGCAAAACCAAGUGCAACUAAAGGCUGGUGUACCAAACACUGAUGAAAGUAUUAAUCGAUCUCUUCCAAGCAUCGUUUUCUUCUUACUCACUUCUCCCACAUGCUUACCAUGCACGUCGCUGCCUCUAAGUCAUGGCAAAGGACCUUCCUGUUGAAAGAAUGAGACGAUUCUUCCCAUCAUUUCCCACUUAUCCAAGUUGUCAGAGAUCGGCCAUUUUAUCACUCUUAACAUCAGGUCUGAGGAACACUCAUGGCCCUGAAAUCUCAUCAUGAUUCUAUGCUUUUUAAACACUUUUCUUCCUCUAACCUUGGGUGGUAUGCACUAUCUUCCAAAAUUUUUGUUUGUCACGGACUCCUGCUGGAGUGUUGUAAGAUUCAGUGGUUCUGUUCUUGUUUACUUGUCUCUCCUCUAAACCAAAAGAUUCAGCUACCCAUUGUAUUAACUUAAACUGAAUUAAUUUAUAAGUAAAAAUAUAUUUGUACAUUCUGACCGUGUGUUUGUAUGAGAAAUUCAAAAGGGGUAUUGCAAUAUUAUGACAAAUCAAAACAAGACAAAAACAGCAUGUAUACAGUUAAUGGGUUGGCAUUAUUCUUCAUUCAAAGCUCCUCUGUCUGCUUGGAGGAGAGAGGACAGUACAUGCAGUGCUUAAGUCGGGACUGCAUUUGCCUUAUACCAUUUUGCGUUGUGAUUUGAAAAACAUGAUGCGUUGGCUUGGUUACCAUUCCUUUUUGCCAUAGUAUGAAGUAUGUUUUAAUUGUUUUUUCCCCCUCAGUUAGUUUUAGGCACCAUUUGUUCACAAUGUGUAUAAAAAAACCUUUAAAAAAAACAAUUCAAGUCAAGGCUGUUAUAUGUAAAUCAUCUGUAAAAAGGCUUUUUGGACAGAUCUUGCUUUUUGCUCAGAUGUUUUAAGUUAUCGAUUUUAAUAAUAAAUGCAUGUCUUUUUUCACCUUCA